GCUCAGAAGCUGUGGAAAUAUAAAUGCAUGCGGAAGUCCUGAAUUGAUAGUGGAGGACGGGGGAUACUGAAUACGAACGAUCGACGAUCCAAACCCGAUCGAUCCCUGGAAGACAAAGGAAGGAAUACGACCUGACUCACCCAGCCUGGCUUUGAAUGAAAAUCAAAUGUAAAGAGUGUACAUUUUCUUUCAACGAGGAUCAUGACGAUGUCUUACAGUGGGGCAGCCUGAGUCAUUGGAAUACGAGCUGUUCCCUUUAAAGAGCUCCCGAUCAAUGAAACACCGAAUCCCACUUCGACCUCAACUCCACUUCUUCCCCUCACUUCAUGAACAACAACCACCACAAUGGCCGAUAUUGAAUCUGCGUUCCAGUCCGCAAUCGACGCCGGAAAAAUAAACGGCGGCGUUAUCUGCGCAACCAACAGCUCAGGAACCUUCAAGUACAACAACCCAAUAGGCGAACGCACCCUCCUCUCAGGCUCAAAGCAACCCCACCAACUGUCCGAUGUACUCUUCCUCGCCUCAGCAACAAAAUUCAUCACCGCUGUCGCCGCCCUCCAAUGCGUCGAGGAUGGCAUCCUCUCCCUAGACGGGGACUUAUCAGCCCUCGCACCAGAGCUCACAUCCAAACAAGUCUUAACAGGGUACUCGGAUGACGGCACCCCGCUCUUCGAGAAACCAUCCCGACCCAUCACUCUAGAACACCUAAUCACCCACACCUCAGGGCUAGUCUACCACUUCAUGAACCCGACCAUCGCACAGUGGCGCGAGGAAAACGGCGCUCCGCUCAAAGACGAAAACGGCGAGCAGCGCCGGCUUACUGUUGAAGAGCUCUUCAGCUACCCGCUCGCCUUCCACCCCGGUGAAUCGUGGAUGUACGGGCCCGGGCUUGACUGGGCGGGCCGGAUUGUCGAGAGGGCUACGGGGAAGAAGCUGAUUGAGCGGAUGCAGGAGCGCCUGUUUAACCCACUGGGGAUUAAUGAUGCGCAGUUCUACCCUGUUACGCGUGAGGAGUUGCGUGAGAAGUUGGUGGACCUAAAUCCCGAUGAUCCUGAGGCUCUAGGGCGGGCGGUGCUCGGUGGGGAUGGGGAUGCGAAUCGGCGCACGCAAGGGGAUUUUGGUGGUCAGGGGCUUUUUAUGUCCGGGGAGAGUUUCGUCAAGGUGCUGCAGUCGAUUUUGGCGAAUGAUGGGAAGUUGUUGAAACCUGAGACGGUGGAUGGGAUGUUUCAGCAGCGGUUGGGGGCUGAGGCGAGUAAAGGGCAUCAAGAUGCGCUGGCGGGUCCCAUAGGCAUCUUUUUCCGGGUGGGUAUUGAUGAAGAUACGAAGAUGGGAUAUGGGCUUGGCGGGGUCGUUACGUUGGAAGAUGUUGAGGGUUGGUAUGGGGAUAAGACGAUGACGUGGGGUGGUGGUCUCACGGUGGCUUGGUUUAUUGACCAGAAGAAUGGGCUUUGUGGUGUUGGAGCUGUCUUGAGCGCGUUGCCGAUGGAUAUCCCAACUGUCUCGGAUCUAAAGCAGGUCUUCCGAAAGGAUGUCUAUAGGAAGUAUGCCGAUUGGAAAAAGGAACAAAAGGCAUGAAAGUGCAUCUUCUGCUAUAUGUAUUCAAGACUUAAUGGAAAGAGUUUCUCGGGUAUAUAAUUUAUCAAAACAACACCAAAUCCACCCCAGACUUCGCCAGAUAUACAUCCCACCG